GGGUUGAUGAUGAGGAUGGUGAAUGGGGAAGACAAGUCCCUCCAUUGUCUGCCAAUGCCUAUAAUGCUGUGUUGUUGCUCUUGUCCGCAGGUUAUAAAACAGACCCUAAUCCUGGGCUCUUCCAAUGGAGUCGCUAACGGGAAGGCCAAUGGGGUGGGAAACGGAGUGGGCAACGGAGUGGGCAACGGCGUGGGCAACGGCGUGGGCAACGGCGUGGGCAACGGCGUGGGCAACGGCUUGGGCAACGGAGUGGGCAACGGAGUGGGCAACGGAGUGGGCAACGGAGUGGGCAACGGAGUGGGCAACGGAGUGGGCAACGGAGUGGGCAACGGAACGGGAAACGGCGUGGGCAACGGAGUGGGAAACGGCGUUGACAAGAAGACGGGCAACGGUGUGAGCCAUCGAAUAUCGCGGCGCGACCGGCCGGCCGCCAAGGACGAAGCGACCAAGGCCCUCGAAGAGCUCCGGCUCACCACCAUUCGCGGUAACAUAGACGGUGUCCGAAACGCUCUGAAAAAGGGCGUGUCCGUCAACCAGACCCUGCAGGGCGGCUGGUCGCCGCUCAUGUACGCCUGCUCCAUGGGCCACCCCGACCUCGUCGAGGUCCUGCUGAGGGAGGGAGCCAACCCCAACUUCCACAAAGAGUUGUUCACGCCCCUGAUGGCGGCGUGCGCGUCGACCCGUGAGAACGAGGAGAAGCUCCUGCAGUGCGUGGACCUGCUGCUCCUCUACAACGUGGACGUGAACGCCAUCGAGCGGCACCGCAUCUCGGCGCUCAUGUUCGCCGCCAAGGAGGGCCACGAGAGGCUCGUGCGGAGACUGGCCAACCGGCAGGGCACCAACCUCAACCUCCAGGACAGCCAGGGCUGGACGGCUCUGUUCUGGGCGGUGAACCAGGGCAGGACGCAGGUGGUGGCCACCCUGGUGCAGGCCGGUGCCAAGGUGCACAUCAAGGACCGAAGGGGUCAGACGGCAUUCGACUUGGCAGUGAGCAAGGGGCUGAGGGAGGCGCGGGGGUGGCUCGCGGCCCUUGACCCGUCGUCGUCUUCCUCUCCUGCGCCGCAGAUCGCGUCCGUCCUGAGCACGCAGCACCUGAGCCGGGAGCCGCCCGACAGCUCGCUGGACCCGCUGCUCGACCCCACCUUCAACUACGCGGACCCGGCGCUGAGCGCCUCGCUCGCCUCGCUGCCCACCGGCGACCGCAGCGACGAGAGGCAUGGCUGCGAAGCGGAAUUGGAGAUUUUACUGAAUGGCAUGACUCUACCCCAGCACGCCCUCCUCUCCCCGCCCCUGUUCCCCUGCUCCCGCUCCCCCUCCCCGUCGCCAUUCUCCUUCUCCCCCGCCCCUUUCACCCCGUCUCCCUCCCGCUCCCCUUCCCCCUUCCAGUCCCGGUCGCGGUCCCGAUCGCCAUUCGCCGGCGACUCCGGGGAAGCCGUGGGCCUCUACGACGUAUCCGACGCCGGCAUCCGCCUGUCCGGCAAUUUCCGGAGCAUGAUUCGCGCCAUUCGUCGGCACCGAGACCGACAGCGAAAAACAAAAUCGAACACACCGCCGAUCACGAUCUGUCCCCGAAAUGAAACGUACAGCCUCCACGACGCGCUGGUGGUGCUGUCCAGCACGGUCCGCCACCUGUCCGUGCUGUUCGCGUCCGUGUCGUACGUCCGGCUGCGCCUCCAGGGCCGGCCCGUGGACCUCCCCUUGGACCAGCGCUACAGCGGCACCAACGGGCUGUCCGCGCUGAGCGCGCGCGCCCUGCGCCAGGCGGACCUGCUCUGCAGCGAAGUGCGCUUCCUGCACCAGUUUACGAACAAGCUCAAUGAGACGGACGAGAUCGUGCCGGCCGAUGUCAUUGUGGAGAAGAAGGACAGCUUGCCGACGUACACCAUCACGAGCAUCCUCGUGGUGACGGCAGUGUCUGCCAUCGUCAUCUACAAGUGGCGACACGGUCCGCCGGCCCUGGUCUGGUGGUGGUGGUGAAGCGUCCUGGGAAUCGUUUAUGAUCAAAUAUGGAACUCAUGUGAUUUAUGUUAUUAGGACUGGUGGCAUACUUGCUCUCCCAGAAACAGACUGACUGAUUUAAGUGAGGAGUACUAGAGACUAAUUGGGUACUUGCCAAUAGGGUUGU